AGGAAGACAGAAAACCUGCUGCCAAACCAAACACUACAGUCUCCGCCCCACAAUCCGGCCCAUCUCCUUCUGCAAAACCGCGAAAUCCCUGGGAUUACCAACCAGGGGACGAAUGUUUACUCCAAUCUGAAGGAGGUCAGAGUUGCCUUAUUAUGAGGGUGCACGUGGAUGGCCAUGUUACUCUGAUUCUGGCGGAUGGCAAGGAACGAAAGGUAUCCGUAAGAGAAGUCGCGCCUUUACCAGAGGCAAUUGCUGAUUAUGAGAAAUACAAGAACACCCAGUCAGCAGCCACGGUCAAGCGAGAAACAGUUCAAUCUGCCUCCAUCACAACAUAUUCCAAAACCGCGCCCUCUUUAAAACUUGAUCCUACCAAAGGCAACACAGAUGUUGUCGACUUGUGCGAUGACGAGGAAGAAGGACCAACGAGCACCAUUUCUACCAAUCUACCACCCAAACCCAGUUCCAAAUUGGUGAUUCUCAUCGACGACCGAGAACGCUCUCGUAACCACAAACCAAGAGAGCUGAGGAUAGAAUUGGGAAAAGAAAUGCAAUCUGCUUCGUUUAGAAACGUCUGGGCUGAUGGGAUGUCUCCAGCGACCGUCGAAGAACACAAGCUGAGUUAUGGAGAUUUUGCUUUCGUGGAAGACACCGAUGAAGGCAGGCAACAGAGGCUCUCAUUGGUCAUAGAACGAAAGAGAGUGGCGGAUCUGGUGCAGCGCUCGGCCUACGGAGACCAUUGGAAGCAACUGACCAGAAUGAGAGAUUGCUGCCAACAUGCUAUUCUUCUGAUUGAAAACGAUACCAGAGUCGCUUGUCGGUUUGAUGCCUACGGUGGCCAAUCCAUGGAACCAAGGCCGGGACAGCACACUAUCGAGAACGAUGCCGAUAUCUUUCUUUUCAUUGGAAGGGCCGUUCUCUCGUCGCCACGAAUCAAAUUUGUGCAGUCCAAGGAUGCACGAAGGACCAAUAGGAGCGUAGGAGCAAUUGGAUUGAUAGCACUUCAAUCUCCUACUGUUAGACGAAAUGCACCCCUGAAGGCUCGCUUUGCCAAGUCAAAGCAACUAACGUUACAAGAUCGACUGACUUCGGGGGGCAUCGAAUGGAAGAUUGCCAAGGAGGUGGCUGUCCAAUUUGGAAGUGAGGCUGCACUGGUAGCUGCAUUCAGUACUUGUUCCUCGGAUGUAGCCAAGCAAUCGCUGCUUCAUCCAAUUCUCCAGAACAUGGGCGAGAGAGUCAAGUGCUCUGGAUGUCGAAGGCAUUGGAGCAAGGCCAUUCACUUGGUGCUCGCCGCCACAAGCGAUGUGCGGACCACCAAACGACAUUCCUACCAAGAUAUUCUGACCAAGGUUGGAAGGAAUGUUUGCGAUCCAGCGGUGCUUUUGUGCCAUGUGUACACUGAAGAGACAGCAGAUGCGGGCCUCAAUGCAGCGUUGGACAGUCAUGCGACCACUGCUGCCGAGGACAGUAGAUCAGUGACCAUUCGGAUUUCCGGGGCCUUUGGUCCCUGUUUUGACAUGCCGAAGGAAUCUUCGUUCUAUUCCCUUCAAGUUACCAACGGAGAGAAUCCAUGGUCUCUACCCUGCUGCCAGCUCUCCACAUCAUCUGGACGGUUCUAUUCUGAUAAGGUGGUCGUCUUCCUAUUGGAAGGAUCCCAAUUGAUUGAAGAGACGACCGCUACAAUACAAAGCAACAACAAUAUCUCACUGUUGGACGAAGCCAGAAGGUUGGCUACCAAAUGGAAGAAUCUCUGCCAGUUGGACAACGGCAAUCAGGAGGCUUGCCGCAGAAUCUUGUUGGUUCGCGGGCUUGGGCCUGCACUUGAGAAGGCUGCCAAAGAUGCUUCUUACCGAGAAGAGACGACAGUCGUUUGCGACAUGAUCUUUGCAGCUCUCAUGGUGGAACACAACAUUGUCGUGCUGGAAGCCGUUCGAAAGAAACAGGAAGAGACGACAAUGAUAUUGCGACAACUGGCGCUAGCGUGCUUUCACUUCCAAUUGCUAGCGCACUGCAAAGGUUGAUUACUAGUAGGUUUUGGAUCGGCCCAGGAUAGAACUCGUUUAUACCUCAACUUUCUUGACUGUGGCAGCCAUAGGUUGCUAUUAUGAGCUGUGUUUAUAAUGCUUUCUAAUUGACUUGAUUCUACUAUG